GAUUGGCCCAAUCAACGCCCAGAGGUUCCCGUUUGUCAUUGAACCCAUCAUCGACAUCGGGCGUUCAAAACACCAAGCACCUCCUCCACCACUCUCCACUCCAGGCUAUCGCCAUUAUGAGCUGUCUCAGGAUGCGUCGCACGCAGUUCGCAAGCCAGGUGAGUGUGCUCUGAAGCUCCCCGCGUCGUCUGGCCGCCUCCGCAUGUCCGGCACCCGGCACUCUCCGCAUCGAGGCGUGUGCCAUAUUCCCACGACGUUGGCAGAGAACCCGCGCAAUGUCGAGUUGUCUCGAUGCUUUCGCGUGGUUUUCAUGGGAAUUUGCAUCGCUUCUGGGACGAUUGUACAGAUCAAUGGCUAACAGAGCUCUCGAAGAGCUUCCGCACACCUUCGCGAGCCUUCUCGUCCACACGACCUGCCGCCCGUAUUUUCGGUACCGAGGCUCUGAGGGCGAAGGAAGCCUCUGGAUUCAUUUCUCAAAAAUACCCCGUCAUCGACCACGAGUACGAUGCCAUCGUUGUUGGUGCUGGAGGAGCUGGUCUGCGAGCAGCUUUCGGUCUCGCUGAAGCAGGCUUCAACACAGCCUGCAUAUCAAAGCUUUUCCCCACUCGAUCGCAUACCGUAGCCGCACAGGGUGGUAUCAAUGCCGCGCUUGGAAACAUGCAUGAGGACGACUGGAGAUGGCACAUGUACGACACCGUCAAGGGUUCAGAUUGGCUGGGUGACCAGGAUGCUAUUCACUACAUGACAAGAGAAGCCCCGCAGUCCGUUAUUGAGCUUGAGAACUACGGCUGCCCCUUCUCAAGAACUGAUGAAGGCAAAAUUUACCAGCGCGCUUUCGGUGGUCAAUCUCAGAAGUACGGCAAGGGUGGACAGGCUUACCGAUGCUGCGCUGCUGCUGACAGAACCGGUCACGCUCUUCUGCACACGCUCUAUGGACAAUCUCUGCGACACAACACCAAGUACUUUAUCGAGUACUUUGCCACUGAUCUGAUUAUGGAAGAUGGCGUCUGCAAGGGUGUUGUUGCGUACAACCAAGAGGACGGAACGAUCCACAGGUUCAUUGCGAAGAACACCGUCUUGGCCACUGGAGGUUACGGACGUGCUUACUUCAGCUGCACAUCCGCCCACACUUGCACUGGUGACGGUAUGGCGAUGGUCGCUCGUGCAGGUCUGCCCAACCAGGAUCUCGAGUUCGUCCAAUUCCAUCCCACGGGUAUCUACGGUGCUGGAUGCUUGAUCACCGAGGGUUCCCGUGGUGAGGGUGGUUAUCUCCUCAACUCCGAAGGUGAACGAUUUAUGGAGCGAUAUGCGCCAACCGCCAAGGAUCUUGCCUCCCGCGAUGUUGUUUCCCGAUCAAUGACCCUUGAAAUCCGUGAAGGUCGUGGUGUUGGUCCCGACAAGGACCACAUCUACCUUCAACUCAGCCAUCUUCCUCCUGAGGUCCUUCACGAGCGUCUGCCUGGUAUCUCCGAGACUGCCGCCAUUUUCGCCGGUGUCGAUGUUACCAAGCAGCCCAUCCCCGUCUUGCCCACUGUCCACUACAACAUGGGUGGUAUCCCGACCAAGUACACUGGUGAGGUCAUCACACAGGAUGCGCAAGGUCAAGACCAAGUCGUCCCCGGUCUGUUCGCCUGCGGUGAGGCCGCAUCGGUAUCUGUCCACGGUGCUAACCGUCUCGGUGCCAACUCCCUUCUGGAUCUCAUCGUCUUCGGCCGUGCUGUAUCUCACACCAUUCGCGACAACUUCAGCCCAGGCCAGAAGGCUGACCCCAUCGCUGCCGAUGCUGGUGCCGACUCCAUCGCCGUUAUCGACAAGGUCCGCACCGCCGAUGGCUCCAAAUCGACUGCCGAGAUCCGCCUGGCCAUGCAGAAGGUCAUGCAGACUGACGUCGCCGUCUUCCGAACUCAGGAAUCGCUCGACGAGGGUGUCAAGAAGAUGCACGAGGUUGACAACACUUUUGCAGAUGUUGGUAUCAAGGACCGCAGCAUGAUUUGGAACUCUGACCUCGUCGAGACCCUCGAAUUGAGGAACUUGCUUACUUGCGCUGUUCAAACCGCUGAAUCGGCUGCCAACCGCCAGGAAUCAAGAGGUGCACACGCUCGUGAGGAUUUCCCUGACCGUGACGACGAGAAAUGGAUGAAACACACACUGUCAUGGCAGAAGCAGCCGCACGGCAAGACCGAGUUGGGCUACAGGAAGGUCGUUGGCACAACACUGGACGAGAACGAGUGCAAGGCUGUACCGCCAUUCAAGCGUACAUACUAGAGAGUGCGGAGAGUAUGGGAGUUGGAAAAAGUGGUGGUUCUGCCUUGUAUUCUAUGUAUA